AUUCAUAUCUUAUCGUGACAUCCCAACACUUAACAGUCAAGUCAUUAGGUAGUAGGCAGGGGACUAUGACUACACGUUCAUAAUUUUAAAUUUAUAUCAUUCGACGAAUAUAAACAUGGAGAUCACUAACGAACUGUUGAGUAAGAUCCUAAGCGGAGAUUCGUCAUGCAAAGUUGCAAUACUUGACUGGCACAUCGAAGACAACAUCGCUCCAGGAAACAAUCACUCAUCGAUGCUAUCCCGCCUGAUAGUCGAAUACCAAAGAAAAGGUAAAAUAUUCAAAAAAUCGUUUAUACUAAAAAUACCAUCGACUCAUCCCGCAUAUAGUUACGGAGUCAGAUUCAAAAUGUACGAGAAAGAAUACCCUAUGUACACCGAAGUGCUUGAAGAAAUGUAUAAAAUCGAUGGCGAACACAUUGGCCCCAGACUGUACUACACCGAUGAUAAAUACUCGUUGAUGAUGAAAGAUCUCUCUUUAUCCGGAUACAAAACAACAGACCGCACCAAACAGCUGGAUUUCCAUCACUGUUGCUUGGUUUUGAAAAAAUUGGCCAAGUUUCAUGGUUUAUCAGUAAAGCUGAAUCAGAACUCGAAAUUAAGUUCCACCAUUAAACGAAUGCUAUGUUUCGAUAUAGAACCGGAUGAACGAGAUAGAAAAAUGACAAAACGUGUUUGCGAACAAGUGGCGAAAACCAUAAGCCCAAAAUCAACUCUGCAUAAAAAAAUCCUCCAAAUCAAAGACGAUUUAGGCGACAGAUUCCGUCAAGAAAUAACCUCAGAUCGAUUCACAUUCAGAGUUUUGAAUCAUGGCGACUUGUGGUUGGGAAACACGUUAUUCAAAUACAAAGGUCAGUCAACAAAUAAGUUUCCCUCGUUCAGAAAAUUAGGAAAGGAAAUACCUAGGAACUUGAAAUUUGCAGGGAAUCUUGAUACAACCUUUGAGCAUCACCCUGCAAAAUUUUAUUCGGAUCCGUUCAGUUGUUCGUUUAUAAUGAGAGUUUGAAGAUGUGGUAGGAGUGUUAUAGCGGGUCCGAGUUGAAACUUGAAUUGAUUUCACGAUGGGGAUUGUGCCAAAUUUGCGAGGCAUAGUGAUGCACUCAACCCUGUUUUUGGUUACCAUUGUGUUAAGGAACUAGUUUUCAUCAUUCUUACACAAAUUCUGACUAUUCUUUUGACAUGCAGCAACAUGAACAGCGAAAUUUUGUUUGUGACGCAGCACAUUCAAAUUUUGCGGUACUGAAAAUGACUUUUGAAGUUCAAUAAUGUUUUUUAGGCAGUCAAAUAUGAAGCAUCAUGCUCACAUAUGAUGUUUUUGAUACUGAUAUUAAGAUUAUUGUGUAUAAUUUCAUCAAUUUUGGCUGUUGAGUUCGUUUUUGAAACACUAGUUGUGCAACCUACCCUGUGAUCACUUACACGCUCGUGCGCUCACCGCUGGAUUUUCGGCACCACUCACAUAUUGUUCAAAUUAGGACAAUUUUUUCUUCAUGGAGGAUCAGUAGGCAUCUGUAAAAAUCCAUUGACGUAUUUUUUUCGAAAUAAAAAUUUUUUUUACUCCUCGUUGAGCCACUUGAACCUCGGACACGCUAUAAAACUCCUAUCACAUCUUCAAACUCUCAUUAUAAACGAACUACUGAACGGAUCCGAAUAAAAUUUUGCAGAGUGGUGCUCAAAGGUUGUAUCAAGAUUCCCUAAAAAUUUCAAGUUCCUAGGUAUUUCCCUUCCUAAUUUUCUGAACGAGGGAAACUUAUUUGUUGACUGACCUUUGUAUGACAAGUAUGGUGAGGUGAUGAAAGUGAAAUUCAUCGAUUUUCAACACUCAACUUGGACAUCUCCGGUAUUCGAUAUUUUGGGUUUUACUAUCUGCAGUAUGAGGUUCGAUGUGUUCGAGAGACAUUUCGAUUUUUUAAUGGAAACCUAUAUCGAUUCGUUGAACAAGACUUUGAAACAUGUCCAGUGCGAUUUGUAUUCGUUAGAAGAAUUAUAUCGUGAUAUGGAAAAUAUUCCUAUUACGAUAAUCAUGAACCUGACCUGUCGUUUACCGGUACUGUUAGACGGUCAUGAAAAUCCAAUAAAAAAUGAAAUGAUGAUCAAAGAUGGCGAAUUGGACCUCACCGCUUAUUAUGAUAAAUUCCUAAAAAACGAGUUGUAUUUGAAAAUUCGGGAGCAAUGGAUUUCUCACUAUGAUAAAAAAGGUUUGUUCGAUUUGAAUGACUGAAGGAUCAACUAUAUAGGUACAACAACCUUCCAUCUCUUGAAUCACAAUUAAUUUAUGUGGUAUUUUUUCUAUAAUUAUACAUGAGUAAGAGAUUCGUAUUGCAAAUAAAUUGUGCAGUUAUUGAAAUUGAAAUAAGUACUCAGUACGUCAAUAAAUCUUUUCUAAUGAAGCAGGCAUCUGUAUUCCCUCAAUCUGUUUCGCAAAUCAUGAAAAAUCUCACAAAGCAAUUCUUACCCAUGCCCGCAAGGAACAGGUUUAGUUUUUAUGUAAGUUACAUUGAUGCCUAUCCUCUUUUUAAACAAGAGAAUCUUCAUACUCAUUGAACUUCAAAAUGCAAAAAUUCGACGUUUUAUAUGUACAUGAUUUGGAUUAUCCAAUGAAACAUUUCAAUCUUAAAAAAAAAAAAUUACCUACUCACAUCACACAUAACGAUUUUUUUUAAAAAUGAAAUAUUAGAAUAUUAUUUCAGUAUUUGAGGAUUUCCGUAGAACGAUUUGUGUACACUUUUCAUGUAAGCACAUGCACAAAAACCGAAAUCUGAGAAAAUUUACGAUGAAAUUUCAAUUUUUACAGUUUCUCCUCUCCUUCGACAAUUUUAAGACCCACAAAAAAAAUGUAAUACCCUAAAAAAUCUCUACGUCAACUUCGACAGCUCUCUAGAAACAAUUGAAAUGAAAUGUGGCAACGUGUGAAAGGGAAGAAAAGAGGGAGGGGGGGUUCCGACUUGACAAAAUUUUCAUUUUGGAAUUUCAGAUUGAAAAUUACAAAAUUUGGAGAAAGCGAAAACAUUUUCUGAUUUGAUUGGGAAUUCAACUAAACUGCAGUCAAGUAAAAACACAAAAUUCUUUCGAUAUAGUUAUAUAUUUUUUUUUUUUUGGAAAAAUGAAAGUAGGCUAUAGGAAGUACUGCAGCAGCAGGGUUUCCCUUACAGGAGAAAUUUUCAUUUUUCAGAAUUUCUAAAUUCACAUAAUAAACAUACAAAUUUUUGAACGGUUUUAAAAUUUAUUUUGGGAAUAUGAUUUCAAGAAUUAUCAAAUUCAGUAACAAAAUUUCAAAAUUUGUGCACUUUUGCUCACUAGAAAAAUUUUAUUCAAAAUGAUAGGUAUACAAUUUUUCAAAAUUCAAAAACAUUUAAAUUUUGUUCUUUUUUCUGAAUCUCACAUUUCAAAAUUGAAGUUUUUUCAAAUCAAAAACCUUUGAGGCAUCUUACUCCAUUUCUUUCCAAUUUUGUCGCAACGUGGAACUUAUUCUUGUGAGCUUUCAAAGUUGAAAAAAAAAAGAAAAGAAACGCUGUAUUUCAAGACAUUGAAUGUUUCCUUAUUAAGGGUUUAAAAAAUUCUUAAAAUUGAAAAUUUUUUGAAAUUUACAAGACUCGUACUCCCUUUUUUCCAAAAAAAAAUAUCUAAUCGUUGGUUACCAAAAACGUUUGAAAACGUAACGAAAAAACUUACAAAACGUGAGGCGUAAAACAUAUUUUUAAUGUGGAAAAAAUCACAAAAAAAACAAAACUUUUCAAUUGAAUUCAAUGAAAAAAAAUUUUUUAACAAAAAGCAACACUUUUAAGGUUACAUUUUUGUUCAGAAAGUGAGAAUUUCUAUUUUGCAAUUUUUUGACAAAAAAGCAGGACGUUCUCUCUCAAUUUCGAAAAAAAAAAGUCAACCUUGGAAUUUUUUGCGGAAAAGCAAACAUUUUUAGAAAAGUUUUAGCAAAAAAUGAGACUUGUAGCAAUUAUGACAGAUGACGAGACGUUUGGUUAUUUUUGGCUAAACGCGAGACUACGAAAAUUAUUAACAAAGGCAAGGCUUUUAAACAAUUUUUUUUUUGACUGAUUUAAUGUAACAAUCUUAAGAAAAGUUAAGUGUUGGCAAUUUAUGGAAGAAAAAUAAUGAAAAUUACUCACUCGUAUAAAAAGCGAGAGUUUGUAUAAUUUUUUUUUGCAAAAUCACGACUUCUGACAAUUAUUGACGACUUGAAAUUUUUCGUCAAAAAAAAUCGCAAAGGCAAGACACGUAAUUUUUUAUCAAAUUUGAUAUAAGUAUUAAUAAUAGAUGAGACUUUUUGCAAUUUUCGCCUGCAAGCGAGACUUGAACAAUUUAAAUUUUUGCGAAAAAAAUUGUCAAUAUAUAUUAUGAAAUUUAUGGAUUAAUAAUUAAGUAUGAAAUUUUAUCUUGCAACUCAAAGGUGCGUUUCUGACUGAAUAUUUAUCAAUUUUUCAAGCCAAUUUACAUUCAUUUGGUAAAAGUAGGCAACAAAAAAUAUGCUUUCCCCACCUAUAAUUUGAUUUGUGAUAACUUGCUCACACACACUUGAAAAAUCGAUACAUGAUUAACACUGCCAGCGAUCCCGAAAAAUUAUUCAUAUCUUAUCGUGGGAUCGUAGCACUUCAAACAACAGAAAUCACUCCUCAUAAGUUUUCAUUUUUCGACGAAUACAAACCUCAAGAUGGAAAUCACCAACGAACUGCUGAGCAAGAUUCUAAGCGGAGAUUCGAAAUCCAAAGUAGCAAUUCUGGACUGGCACAUCGAAGAUAACAUAGCUCCAGGAAACAGUCACUUAUCGAUGCUCUCUCGUUUGAUGGUCGAAUACCAAAGAAAAGGUAAAAUUUUCAAGAAAUCGUUUAUUCUUAAAGUACCUUCGACUCAUCCUAGGUACAAUUUCGGAAUAAAAUUCAAACUGUACGAAAAAGAAUACCCUAUGUACACCGAAGUGCUCGAAGAAAUGUACAAAAUCGAUGGCGAACACAUAGGCCCCAGAUUAUACUACACCGAUGAUAAAUACUCGUUGAUGAUGAAAGAUCUCUCUCUAUCCGGGUACAAAACAGCAGACCGCACCCAGCAGCUGGAUUUCGACCACUGUUACUUGGUUUUAAAGAAAUUAGCUAAAUUUCACGGUCUAUCGGUAAAGCUAAAUCAGUGUUCAAAAAUAAACCCAAUCAUUAAAGGAAAGCUAUGGAUAGACGGUGUUGAAUUGGACGAACGAGAUAAAGAAUGUCCACGACGUUGUUGCGAACUGCUGGCAAAAAUUGUACAUCCUAAAUUCGGUCUUUACGAAAAAUUACACCAAAUCAAAGACGAUAUAUGCGACAUGUUACGUCAAGAAUUAAUUUCAGAUCGAUUUACGUUCAAUGUCUUGAAUCAUGGAGAUUUGUGCCUGGGAAACACGUUAUUCAAAUACGACAGGUAUGGUGAUGUGAUGAAAGUCAAGUUCAUCGAUUUUCAGUUCUCAUCCUGGGUACCUCCAGUGUUCGAUAUAUUGGGUUUUACUAUCUGUAGUAUGCGGUUUGAUGUAUUCGAGAAACAUUUUAAUUUUUUAAUGCAAACUUACAUCGAUACGUUGAACAAAACGUUGAAAUUUGCACAAUGCGAUUUGUAUUCGUUGGAAGAAUUGUAUCGUGAUAUGGAGAAUCUACCAGCUACUAUCAUCAUGAACCUGUGCAGUCGUCUACCUCAAUUGUUACACGGGUAUGAAAUUCCAGGAGGACAUGAAAUGGUGGCUUAUCACGAGAUUUUCUUCAAAAACGAGCUAUACUUGAAAGUUUUGCAUCAAUGGAUUUCCUACUAUCAUAAAAAAGGUUUGUUCAAUUGAGAAUGACGUGGCUCUCUGUACAGAAUGUUGAAGAAUAUGGGCCAAUCCACUCCACAUGUUGAUAUAUUACCAUAAUAUUCUUCAAAAAUGUGCAAAAAGUUGAUAGGUAAAUUUUUGAAUUUUUGGAACUAAUUUCUUCAAUUUUACCAAUUUUUUACCAAAAAAAAAGCGCUAACGACGAAAAAAAGCCCCAAAAAAGCAAAAUUUCCCACUGUUUUUGGCCAAGAUAAGCAUUUUACAGCAUUUAGACCUAAAAAAAGCACUAUCAACUUUCACCAUUCACCUCCAAAUGGAAUGAAACGCAAAGAAAAUAUAUUUAUGCCGUAUAAGGUGUUGCUACAAAAAAAAGCAUUAUCAUAAAAAUCCUAGCCCUAUUUAUGAGUAAGUUUUGAGUGACCAAUACGCAUUUUACAUAGAGCUGUUUCUUCUUGGUGGUUAAUUUGGUAGGAGGUGGACUAGAAUUUGGCUAAAGGUUUGAUGGAUCUCAGUUUAUUAGAUGUGUUGAUAUAAUUCCAAUUAUUAGACCAUUCUGGGUACAACUUGUUUUUCACCAUAGUUUUGAAAUCAAUACUAUGGACUGGUAAGUGGUAUGUUUAGUACUGGCUGAAGUGAGGCUGCUUCUUUUGCCAUUUUAUCACCUGAUUCGUUCCCUGCAAUGUCUUGUAAGGUGGCAUUAUGGCCUCACUGUCUUCGGUGAGAUCCUAUAGGUAUCGAUAAUUUGGUCCUUUAGGUCUUGACAACUUCAGGAUCGUUUGAUUUAUUAAGGUAAGAAGCAAGUACUCGCGAAUUCGAAGGGUGUACUCAAGAAUUAGCGGAGAUUCGCGCUGUUAACAUUUUUAUAUUUCCCAUAUUUGAUAAUGUAGCGCUAGCUUAUAAUCUCUUGAGAUCGACCCAAAACUGCAGGUAUAACUUUAGCUACGAGUAGAUUCGAUCUCGAGAUCACUUCUUGUUCAUCUUUUGUGGUAGAUGGGUGAGUCAGAAUGGUCCUAAGCGAUCUAUGAAUCGUUGGUCUGAGCAUUUAGUCCUCUAUCUUUUAAAAUCGAUUAAGCAGAGUAUAGUUUUAAGUUCUUUUAUUAUUUGCUCUUUUUAUGGAUUGGUGAAUUUGUAUCUUACACUUGAUUAGAUAAUCAAGCACAGCGCUUUCUUCUAAUUACGUUUUUAUCAGGUGAAUGUGUACAUUAUGAAAAACCUUAUAAUAUUUAAGAGAUUAAAUGUGAUGUAACUACAAUGAUUACAUUGGUGAAACAAA